AUGGCGCUUCCUCUAGACGGACGCAGGUCGUACACUGUACAUCUUCUGUUCUUCCUACUUUGCCUUGUCUUGAUCACGGCCGCCAACCCUGCGCCGCCAUCCGUUGACCUGUAUGCCGCGAUGCAGCCAAUUUUCUCGAAAGCGUCACCCAACACUCCUGCUCCUCAAGAGCACAUAGAUCGCUCGAUGGCACGCUCGGAUUUCAGCUCGGAUUUCAGCUCGGACUACCUGCAACACCAACACGCGCGCGUUUCGCGAUUGGCGGCUAUCCCACGCUCGCGCUCGGCGUACCUGUCCAGCGAGGCUGAGAUGCGCCAACUAUUUUCGGCUCUCACAUCCCUCAACCAUGACCCCAAACGGCAGGCCGAGAUACUUGAGCGCAUCAACCAACUGCGAACGACGGGGUACAAGUUCGCACCUCGUGUCGACCCUGGUCUGCACCUUCCGUUCGGAACACCGUGGGAGUUCGAUGAGCACGGGCCGUAUCCCGCGUCUCGCCUGGCAGGCGCGCUACGCUUGAAUGUCGGACGAGUCGAUGCAGAAGCCUACCGGGUAGAGCUGGAGAAUGCUUUGGAAGCUCUGGACAAGCAGACGUUUUUCGAGGCGGAUCGUCGAGCAGGCGAGAAGAUCAGGAUGCUGUACACGGAUGAUACGAUUCUGUUGAGGAGCGCUAUCGAUCAUUAUAGGCAGAUCUGGCAGCAUUUGUGA